AUGGAAUUGGACGAAUGUUUGGAAAAGCUAUACAAGGCCCAGCUGUUGCCUGAGGUGACUGUGAGAGCACUUUGCUUUAAAUUGAAAGAAAUGCUGGUGAAGGAGUCGAACGUGAUUCAUAUUCAGACACCAGUUACGGUGGUUGGGGACAUGCAUGGGCAGUUUCACGACAUGCUGGAGAUCUUCCAGAUAGGCGGGCCUGUUCCUGACACGAACUAUUUGUUUCUGGGUGAUUAUGUGGAUAGAGGGCUGUAUAGUGUGGAAACGAUUAUGUUACUAAUAGUGCUGAAGCUUAGGUAUCCUAGUAGAAUCCAUCUAUUGAGAGGAAACCACGAGUCUCGUCAAAUUACUCAGAGCUACGGGUUCUACACGGAGUGCUUAAACAAGUACGGCGGCAAUUCAAGAGUUUGGCAGUAUUUGACGGACAUAUUUGACUACCUUGUCCUAUGCUGCAUCAUCGACGAUGAAAUCUUUUGUGUUCACGGUGGAUUAUCACCUAAUGUUCAAACAAUAGAUCAGAUCAAGAUUAUCGAUAGAUUUCGAGAAAUCCCGCAUGACGGUGCCAUGGCCGACUUGGUUUGGUCUGAUCCUGAAGAAAACAAUAACCCCACGUUAGAUCAUCCAGAUAAUUCUGGGCAACAUUUCCAAGUAUCGCCUCGUGGAGCAGGCUACACGUUCGGUAGAAGUGUGGUGGAGAAAUUCUUGCGCAUGAACGAUAUGAAUAGGAUAUAUAGGGCCCAUCAGCUGUGUAAUGAAGGUUACCAGAUAUACUUUGACGGAUUGGUUACAACUGUGUGGUCGGCGCCAAAUUACUGUUAUCGAUGCGGAAAUAAGGCCUCUAUUUUAGAGCUAUAUAGUAAGGAUCAGUUCUACUUCAACGUUUUCGAAGAAGCUCCCGAAAAUAAACUAUUGAAAGAGAACAGUUUGAACGAUAAUUACUCGGAAGACAGCAUCACCAAUUCAGUGGUCAACAGAAAACUGAUAGCAGAUUAUUUCGAAGACGACUCUGCCUCCACGGAUGGCUCCACAGAUCCUGAAAUGUACAUGUUUUCAGACGUAUACCAAGCCAGAUCUGCUUCUAAUAGACAUGUUGAUUACUUUUUAUAG